AUGGCCCCGCGAUGCCUUCUGAUCGGCACGCCGUCGAUUGCGGCGCACCCAGAGCGACUUGACCAAGUCUACGAAAUCCACGACCGCAAUUCGACCGACUUGCAAAUGCUUGAUCGCAUCGCUGCUGGUCUGGCCAAUCUCCCCGCCUCCACAUACGAUGUUGUCCUCCUCCUCGCCGACGCCGACGGUACCACGCGCGAAAGCCACAAACUAUUGGCACGCGAUGUCAUGAACAAAGUUGUCAGCGCAUUGAAGGUUGGAGGAGUACUCAAAAGUCAGGCGGGUCCAUUCCAAGGCGCAGAAAAGACUGAGGCUAUCCUGGCAGGGCUCACAGAGACCGCGAACGGCAUGACCAAGUCCGAGCAAGAGGAGCCUGUGUCGAUACCGCUGAAGCUUGGCAAGAAGGCAAACGGCACAAACGGCACAAACGGCACAAAUGGUGCGAACCAUACAGUCAACCCAGACGGUUCUGUCCAGCUCAACCUCAACCGCAAGCGCAACCAGCCUCAGGCUGAGCCCGUCAAGCCAGUCGGUGUAGGCUUUGUCGAUUUCAGUGAUGAUCUUGACGACCCAAUAAUCACAGGCGAAGACGAUGACCUAAUCGACGAGGACGACCUCAUUACAGAGGCAGAUCUGGCACGUCCAGUCAUUCAACCACUCGAAUGCCAGCCCAAACCCGGCAAGCGACGACGCGCCUGCAAAGACUGUACCUGCGGUAUGAAAGAGAAGAUUGAAGCCGAAGAUGCCGCUAAACGCUCCUCGGCCGAUAGAGCGCUCAACUCCCUAAAGUUGGACGCCGAUGACCUCGCCGAAGUGGACUUCACAGUGCAGGGAAAGGUUGGCAGUUGUGGAAACUGCGCACUGGGCGAUGCGUUCAGGUGCGACGGAUGCCCAUACAUUGGUCUCCCGGCGUUCAAGCCGGGUGAGGAGGUGCGAUUGCUUAACAACGAUAUUCAGUUGUAG